UGAAGAUCUCAACACCACCGCUUGUCUCUGCAACAACUGCCGAGAGAGGCCAAACCGCUCUCAGUUCCAAACUUUUACGCGCACUAGAGAAAACAAGACCAUUACGCAUCAUGUUAGUUUGCUGAAAGCGCGCAAAGCACGCACACCAGAGCGCACCUCUCGGAGAAGAUGGAUUGUAAGAAAAAGUUAGACGUGACUUCUGCUUCGCACUGAAUCGCUCUACGGGACAUACGGGCUGUAAUGCCGUUCAAACUUUGCGUGUUUCUAAACUUUUGUUAACUCAGUUCAUGGAGUUUCGCGUAAAGUCCGGCGAGGCUUGUUUGCGCGUCGUGCGUUCAGUAUUGGUGCCAGCUCAGUUCUAGUUUACGGGAAUCAGACUCCUGGCAAAGUUUUCCUCGGACAAAAAGACGGAGUGGAAGAGGCUCGGCUUCGAAGAGAAAAGAGACGCAGUGAAGGUUGUGACAGAAAUUGAAGAGCAGCAUGGAAACUUCAGCUCCAACAGCCACUGACAAGAAGGAGUGUAAGGGUGCUGGUCUGGAUGGAAGCAGCUUCUCAGAACUCCCAAAGAAGCCUUCACCCACCACACUGACCAGAGGUACCCACCACCUUUUCCCUACUUUUCAUACACCCAUCCCAAUCGACAUGAGGCACCAUGAGGGGCGUUACCAUUAUGAGCCACACCCCCUCCACACAAUGCAUGGACCUCCAGGACUUACGGGCAGUCCAGUCAUCUCAGAUAUUUCUCUGAUCCGUCUCUCACCUCAUGCGGCGGCUGGGACAGGGGAGUCCCCAUUCAGUCCUCCACAUCCUUACGUCAACCCUCACAUGGAGCACUACCUCCGCUCAGUACAUGGCAGUCCUACACUCUCCAUGAUCUCGGCUGCCCGAGGACUGAGCCCUGCUGAAGUGACCCAUGAACACUUGAAGGAUCGGGCUUUGUUCAGUCUCCCCCCUCCACCACCAGGGGCCAACCCCACAGAAUACUACCACCUGAUGGCCAGUGCCAGUCAGAGAAGCCCCUACGGUGAUCUGCUGAUGCAGAGUGGCGCAGCGGCAGCGGCAGCAGCUGCAGCUGCAGCACAUCUACCGGAUUACAUCAGCCCCGUAGAUGUAUCCCGUUUUUCCAGCCCAAGGCUGACGCCUCGACUGAGCAGGAAGAGAGCACUGUCCAUCUCACCACUGUCAGAUGCCAGCAUUGACUUGCAGACCAUGAUCCGCACCUCACCCAACUCCUUAGUGGCCUACAUCAACAAUUCCCGCUCCAGUUCGGCUGCCAGCAGCUCCUAUGGGCAUCUUUCAGUUGGAGGGAUCAGCCCUACGUUCAGCUUUCCCCAUCCCAUCAACCCAGUGGCUUACCAGCAGCUGCUGUCCCAGCAGAGGAGUCUCAACGCUUUCGGCCACACACCUCCUCUCAUUCAACCAACAGCAUCAUCUUUCUCUGCUCGCCAACACCCCCUCACUGCUUCACCUAUGUCCACCCACAACACGUCCAACUCUGAGCCAAACCAGAAUGCCAGUGGAGACCCAGCAGUGAGCAGCACAGUCAACCCACUGACUACCAAAAGGUCAAAGGUUAAGACUGAAGCAGAGGGUCCACUACCUAUUUCACCAUCCUCUCAGGACCAUGGCGGGGGGAUCUUGGACCUGAGUGAAGAUCUGGAUAAAGAUGAGUGCAAACAGGAGCCUGAGGCCAUAUAUGAGACCAACUGCCACUGGGAGGGCUGUUCCAAAGAGUAUGACACCCAGGACCAGCUUGUUCAUCACAUCAACAAUGACCACAUCCACGGUGAGAAGAAGGAGUUUGUGUGCCGCUGGGAGGAGUGUUCACGGGAGCAGAAGCCCUUCAAGGCCCAGUACAUGCUGGUGGUCCACAUGAGGAGACACACGGGAGAGAAGCCACAUAAAUGCACAUUUGAGGGCUGCUCCAAAGCUUACUCUCGCCUAGAGAACCUCAAGACCCACCUCAGGUCCCACACCGGGGAAAAGCCCUAUGUGUGUGAGCAUGAAGGCUGCAAUAAGGCCUUCUCCAACGCCUCAGAUCGGGCUAAGCACCAGAACCGCACACAUUCAAAUGAGAAACCAUAUGUGUGUAAAAUCCCGGGCUGUACCAAGCGCUACACAGACCCAAGCUCUCUCAGGAAGCAUGUAAAGACAGUCCAUGGACCCGAAGCCCACGUCACCAAGAAACAACGAAGCGACGCUCCUCCGAGACUGCAGCCACCCAAAGGCAAUGGGGAGAAUGAGGCAAACUCUAAACAUGGUGCAAGAGGCGUGGAUGGCAAGAUUGAAGCAAACAGCACCUCUAGGGGAGUGGAAGACUGCCUACAGGUCAAAUCUAUCAAGACGGAGAACUCUAUGACAUAUCAGUCCAGUCCUGGCGGCCACUCGUCAUGUAGCAGUGAGCCGUCACCUCUCAGCAGUGCCAACAACAACGACAGUGGAGUAGAGAUGGCCAUGCACAGCGGGGGCAGCUACGGGGACAUCAGUGCGCAGGAUGAGUGCCCCAUGGUUGACUCCACUGUUCCCACUGGGGCACAGCAGGCUGGGGUGGGACUUCAGUUGAGGAAAGCUGCAGGUCAUGGUGGCGCAGUAACUAUCAAGCUGGAAAAUAUCAAGAAGGAAAGGCUGAAGACAGUGAGGGACUCCUGCCCAUGGGUUAACUCUGCACCACAGCAACUGCAGGGUCAACGCAACAGCAUGAAACUGCCUCCCAUACCUGCAGUCGGUUCCCUGCUGGAAAGUUCCAACAUAAUGAGUAACUUGAAUGGUUCAUACCCUAGCCAACGCAUGGGUGAUCUGUCUUCAUGUGAGGUAACACUGCUGAACCAGCUAAAUGAGCGCCGUGACAGCACCACCAGCACCAUCAGCUCAGCUUACACCUUGAGUCGGCGUUCCUCCGGUAUUUCACCCUGCUAUUCCAGCCGUCGCUCCAGUGAGGCAUCUCAGUUUGGUGCUAACCGCCACAACAAUAUCAGUUCGGCUGACUCGUAUGACCCAAUUUCCACUGAUUUGUCUCGCCGCUCCAGUGAAGCCAGCCAUUGUGGGGGUGGUGGUGUCAGUGGAGGAGGUGGUGGUGGCCUUCCAAGUCUCCUCAGUCUUACACCAGCUCAGCAUUAUCGGCUCAAGGCAAAGUAUGCUGCUGCCAUUGGUGGAGCUCCACCUACUCCUCUUCCCAAUAUGGAUCGAAUGAGCCUGAGGACACGCAUGGCCCUCUACAGUGACUCCCAGGAAGGCUCAUCGCACCCAUUCCAUCAGCCACCAUCUGGAACUGUGCCCAGGCGAUGCAGUGAUAUUGGAUAUGGCACGCAGAGCAUGAUGCCCCAUGAAGUGCCCACCAACCUUCCACGUCGUGCCAGUGACCCAGUGCGUCGUUCCACACUAGACCCUCUGUCCUUUCCCAGAGUCCAGCGCUAUAACAGCAUGAAUAGUAUGAGCCCCAUGAACGCUGCAUCAGCUACAGAACGCCACCAGGCACUGGCUAUGCAGGGAUAUACUCGCUCUGACGGCAGCCUGCAACGCUACCCAUUUGCUCCCAGACCACCUAGCAUUUCUGAGAAUGUUGCCAUGGAGAACAUGGCAGUUGAUGGAAUGAUAGUUGGGGGAGAGCAAGGUGGAGAUGAGGAUAUGGUACUUCCAGAUGAUGUGGUGCAAUACCUCAGGUCACAGAAUUCUGGCCCCUCAGGUCACAACUUGGGACAAGUCGACUAUAAUUCCAACAAUCAGACUCAGGGCUACCAGACAGGCAUGGCCCCACCAGUAUCAUUUUAUGCGCAGAGAAGGAUGGCCAUGGUAGAUGCAACCAUUUCUCACUCCAAUCAGGACAUGCCGUCCUGCCAGAUUGGUCCUGGUGACUCACAGCACUCUUUUUUAGCACCAUCAGACAACAUGAAAAAGAACAACAUGCCAGUGCAGUGGAAUGAGGUGAGCUCAGGUACAGUGGACGCCACAACCAAACUCUCCAAACAACAACAGCAUCCUCUAAGGGGGAACCUAGCUGUUGUUCAGCAGCGGCACAACUUUGGGUCCUUGCAGGCACAAGGUCAGGGUCUGAGCAGCAACCAGCAGGUUGUGCCUAUGAGCCAGAAUAUAUCUAUGCAGGGGUAUGUGAACCACAACAGCCAGAGGCUGAUGAACAUGUCCCUCCAGCAGUAUCAGCAAGCAAGGCAAUGCAGCAAUGUGAAUUUUAAUGAGCAAAUGAGUCCUCAACAAGGGUAUGGCCAAGAGGCAAUCCCAAAUUCUAUAUCUGGGAGCACUAGCAUGAGACCUACCCGUAACAGCAUGGCAGAUUCAGAAUUGCAAAGUUACAGAGCAAGAACACAGACUGAUGGGUAUUCUCAUGUGAGCCAAGGUGAUCAGCAGCAGAAUUGCAGUGUUCUCUCCCAGCAGCAACAGUACAAUAUACAAAAUGGAGGGAGAGGAAUCUUACAACCCAGGCCCCCAACAGAGCCCAAAUCCAUUGCCAAACAACACACAGGCUCUAUUGGGACAGAACAGAGCCGCAUCUCCAAGUCUUCUGAUUUGAGCCUCAGUCAUGGUAAUGACACCUCUGAGGCAAGCCCAAAGAGGCCCAGUGGGUCUGUGGCCCACAACAGCAACUCAGAAAAUCAGAACUCUGCUGUGUUUUACACAGGUCAGAUUCAUAUGUUUGAGCCAACCUCUGUUAGCUAUGAUGCCCCAAUGUCCCCAUGUGUCAGCCAGGCUCCUGCCAGCAACAAUUCUGCUGCAGCCAACAUGGCUUCACCAGGAGUCAACCAGGUCUCCAGCAGUACAGUGGAUUCUUCCACUGGUGGAUCUGGGGGCACAGAGCAUGCCCAGAUUGACUUUGACACCAUGCUUGAUGAUGGGGACCACUCCAGUCUAAUGUCAGGCACCCUGAGUCCUGGCCUUCUGCAGAGCCUCUCCCAGAGUUCCUCACGUCUCACCACCCCCCGCAACUCUGUCACACUUGCGUCCGUACCAGCAGGGAUUGGCAACAUGGCCAUUGGUGACAUGAACUCCAUGCUCACAGCCUUGGCUGAAGAAAGCAAAUUUCUCAACAUGAUAAGCUGAGAGCAAUCAAACACCUUGUCAUCCAUCCAUUCUUACCAUGUCUGUCUGGAAUAUAUAGACUAGACAAGAACGCACUGAUUGUACAAUGCAAAACUGGCUAUUUCAUAAACUUCAUCUUCAUUGUCAAUAGUAAUAUGCUUAUCUUGUAAUAUUUGCUUCAGAUUAUAAUAUGUUACUUUAAAAAGUUAAUAGUAAAUAUAGCUAGGGAUAAGGACCAUUUUCUGUCAUCAUUUGUUAAAAAAGCCAUACUUCUUAGCUUCAACUCUAUGAUAGCCCAGGGUAUGUAAAUGCAUUAAAACAAUUGCCAUUCAGUAUUUGCUGGUUUUACAGGCCUUUACAAAGUGGUGCACUGACAACAGUUCACAUAGUGCCUUGCUAAAGACAUCAAGGUUGAGCAUCUGAGUACAUCAUAAAAACAGACUUACCAGGAAAUGGACAUGACAUGUAGAUAUCAGAUAAUAUUUUCUCAUGACGAACAUUAUGUGUGUAGAUUUUACUGUGUGGUACUUGCUUUAAGUUAUGCUAUAGACGUUUGAUGUUGAAACUAGGGCUGUCAAAGAUACAUUGACAUGUGAACACUUGCUAUUCGUUUGAAAAAGAUGAUGUCCUAACCUGGAACACACCCUGAAACACACUUGCAUGCUAUGAAAAUUAUUAAGAAAUUUGCAUUCUUUUGGAACUAGGUUUGAAACACAGUCACAUAGCCCAAAAGGAAAAUGUGGGGCUUUUUUUUCAUUCAAAUUCUCACAGAACUACAGUGGUUUAAGCUGAUCACUGAACUGUGAAAUAUAUUUAAAGCACUCGGGGCUAUGGAACACAAUCCGAGCCAAGCAACAAAACAUACAUGUAGAAAUUGAUACAUAACCAUUUAAAAGACAAACUGUAAACAUAACUGCUGCUGCAGUUUGUGUAUGCACUUACCUCAGUGCUAUUGUAGCAACCUGUCCUGUGCAAAGCUUGUUUCGCAUUGCUCAGUUUUAACUACACCUUGAGUUUGGAAUUAACAGUUCUUAUGGUAAACAUAGUGAUGGUGUAAGUUUUUCUAUUAGGUUCAAUAUGGAAUUAAUCCCAUUUGGCAGGAAAUUUUUAACUAAUUGCAAUUUACAAAAUGCAGUAUGUGACAGCCCUAGUUUAAACACAUGGUUGUUCAACAUUAUCAUCCACAGAUAUUAAGUGCUUUUUGAUCAUGACCUGAGCUCUUGGGGAUGGCACUGUAAAAUCAGAUUUUCUUCUUUGCCCUCUGGAUCAGAGACAUUAACUCUCUAUGGUUCCAUCUCACAAGGGUAAAUGAUUGAAAAGGACAAGGAUAUGCCUCUGUGUUAGUCCAUCAGGGCACAUGAAUCCAUGUGUAUCUGAUGAGCAGCAUUCUCUAAAAGAAUAUACAAGUACCUCUGUGUGUUCUCAGUAGAGAUCCAACCCUAAUUAACACAUUCAUACCCCCCUUGCUGAAUCCCAUAUCUCCCCAGGGUUCCAGAUGAACUGCAGAGUCCAGGAAGGGACUCAGACUUUGAUAAUAAAAAUCCUGUUACGGACAGGAUCCAUGAAAUAGGUCUGCAGAUUCCUCUGUUUUAUUAUGUUUGUUGAAUUUCUAAGUAGCCUUUCAAAUGUUUGUGUAUGCUACCAUCCACUUUUACUAUGCUCAGUGUGUGUGGGUUCGUGAGUGUGUGUGUGUGUGUACAUAGCUUUUGUACAUUUCAAAUAAACUAUCUCCUU